CUAAAUCAGUUAGAAAAUAUGCAGAAAAAACUAAGUUUGAACAGGUUUUUGAGCUUCCAAAUAUGGUAGAACCACAUAGACACCACACAAAAAAUGGAACAGCACCUCGUGCAUGGGCUAUAAAAGGAUUCCCUAGCACCCUGAUUCUCUCAUCACAAGGGGAGCAGCAUCAAUAACCAAUAAAAUCAAUAACACAUUAAUCACCAUGGCAAGGUCAUUUGCUGUUGUUGCCCUCUUUGUCUCAGUUAUGUGCUUCUCUUCUGCCUUAGCUCGCAAAACACCUGAAAGAUUCUUCGUUGAAGGCAAGAUUUAUUGUGAUCCUUGCCAGUUCGCAUUUGAGUCCAGACUCAGCUUCCCCUUGCCAGGUGUGAAUGUGACUUUGGAAUGCAUAAAAGAAGAGAAUGAUACAGUGUCAUAUACGAGGAAGACCUCAACUGAUGCAAAUGGCUUGUACAGCAUCCCUGUCCGUGGUGAUCACGAGGAAGAGAUCUGUGUGGUUGUUGCAAAUCCACCAAAUGAGGGACAAUGCAGAGAGGCAAUGCCAAACAAGUCCGACAGAAUCAUUCUGACCAAAAACAUGGGUGCCGCAUCUCAGACUCGUUAUGUCAAUCCCCUUGGGUUCAUGACACAGACGACUGAUCCACAAUGCACUGACGUUGUUCAGGAGCUAGGACUCGACAAACUUUUCGAUGAUUAAGUGGAAGAGAGAAAUGAAUUAAACUCAAUCCACAAGAGAGAACAAAAUAUCAUGUGAUGUUGUUGGAUCAGUUUGUCUUGUAUCUAUUAAAAAAUUAACCAUUAUCCGUGAUGUGUUGUCUGCAAACACUUUAUUCAUCAAAUAAAUGAUAUUUGGAUUUUGGUACAUGCU